GUCUAACAAAAGGCCUAAACAUAACGUCAACUAACCAGCCUAUGGUUGAAAAAGCGCAAGGAGAGAAAGUUACAUUGCCAUGUACAUUCACUGUCGCACAAGAAGAUCAAGGCCCACUAGAUAUUGAAUGGGUCUUAAUACCAACAGAUAAUCAAAAGAAGGAACAAACAAUUAUUAUGUACUCUGUAGACAGGAUUUAUAAUAAUUACUAUGAAGCUAUGAAUGGACGGGUACAGUUCACUAAUCCUGAUCCCAGAUCUGGUGAUGGCUCCAUAGAUAUCCUGAAUCUAAAGUCAGCAGACACAGGCACAUACCAGUGCAGAGUGAAGAAAGCUCCGGGAGUUGAAAGCCAAAAAAUACAGUUGACUGUGCUUGUAAAGCCAACAAUGACUAAAUGCUACAUUGAAGGAUCACAGGAAACUGGAAGAGACCUUACCCUGAAAUGUGUAUCACAGGAAGGUUCCCUACUCUUGUCCUACAACUGGAGGAAAAUAACUGGCACAGAGGAACUUCCGGCGACAUCGUUAUUAAAUAAAGACACAGGUGAACUGUCUCUGAAAAAUGUCUCUGAGGAGUACUCUGGUACAUACAGUUGUGUGGCUGCAAACAGAAUUGGCACUGAUGACUGUUUCGUUGUGCUAAAUGUCACUCCCCCUAUAAAUACAGCUGGCACAAUUGCUGGAGCAGUUAUUGGAACUCUUCUGGGUCUCUUUUUAUUGGCCUUUCUUGUCUUCUGUUGCUGUAAGAAACGUAAAGAGAAAAAAUAUGAAAAAGAAGUGCAUCAUGAGAUUAGGUAA